UGAAUCAAAAGAGAAGAAUCUUCAUCUUCUUUCCACAAUGCUUUUGAGGACCUCUGCACUGAUUUGUCCGCGAUGUUCCUGGAGGCUGACACAGGCAUAGGAAAUAUUGAAGUUCACUGAAGAGGAUCCACGUUGUCUUCUUUUUUUUCUUCUUCUUCAAAGUCCUUCCUCUGUGCAGGUGCUGUGCCGACUCUCACUAUGUUUUCUCAAAGGUUCUCUUUAACACCGUCAUGGACUUCUUGCCUCUUGGUCUUGUGCAUCCUGGACGUACGGACCGCGGCCUGGCCGGCAGCCCAACAACCCCGACAACCCCAGCCGCAGUCCCGCCGGUCCAGGCAGAUGCCGACCUUAACCUCCUCCUCCUCCUCUUCGUCGGCCGGCAACCUGUCGGAGAGCGCAGAGCGCAAAGUGGAGCGCCUCGGCCUGGCCUUCAAGCGGAACGUCCGCGUCCUCCGGGAGAAAAGCUCCUGCUUGGACCUGGUGUUCCUGGUGGACGAGUCGUCGAGCGUCGGGGCGAAUAACUUCCUGAGCGAGCUGCGCUUCGUGCGCAAGAUGCUGUCCGACUUUCCCGUCGCGCCCGAGGACACGCGGGUGGCGUUGGUCACCUUCUCGUCCAAGAACCACGUGGUGACGAGGGUGGACCACAUCUCGGCGCCCAAGUCCCACCAGCACAAGUGUUCCCUGCUCAACCAGGAGAUCCCGGCCAUCAACUACAGGGGAGGCGGCACCUACACCAAGGGAGCCUUCCAGAGGGCAGCGCAAAUACUGCGUCACUCCCGCGCCAACGCCUCCAGGGCCAUUUUCCUGAUCACCGACGGCUACUCCAACGGCGGCGACCCUCGGCCGGUGGCGGCGUCUCUGAGGGAACGCAGCGUUGAGAUCUUCACCCUGGGCAUCUGGCAGGGCAACAUCAGGGAGCUGCACGACAUGGCCUCGCACCCCAAGGACCAGCACUGCUACCUGGUGCACAACUUCGCCGAGUUUGAGGCCCUGGCUCGCCAUGCGCUGCACGAAGACCUCCCCACGGGCGGCUACAUCCAGGAAGCUCUGGCGCGCUGCUCCUCGCUGUGCGAAGCGGGCCGCGACUGCUGCGACGUGAUGGCCAGCUGCAAGUGCGGCACGCACACCGGGCAGUACGACUGCAUCUGCGAGAAGGGAUACUACGGCAAGGGCCUGCAGCACGAGUGUACAGUGUGUCCACCGGGCACCUAUAAACCAGAGGGCGCACCGGGAGGCCUGAGCACCUGCCUGUCGUGCCCCGACUCGCGGCACACCUCUCAGCCGGGCAGCACCUCCCUCGGCGACUGCGUCUGCAAGCCGGGCUACGAGCCAAUCGGCAUGACCUGCCAGGUGGUAUAUUGUCCAGCACUGUCUCCUCCAGAAAAUGGCUUUUUCAUCCAGAAUGUAUGUAACAACCACUUCGACGCGGCCUGUGGCGUGCGAUGCCAACCAGAUUUUGACCUCCAGGGAACCAGCAUCAGGCUGUGCCAGGCCGAUGGCUUCUGGUCAGGGACACCGGCCAGCUGCAAAGUGCGCUCCUGCUCGCCCCUCACUCGGCCGCAGCACGGCUCCCUGAGGUGCAGCGACGGCGCCGCCUCCCACGGGGCCGAGUGUCAGGUGGGCUGCGAGCGAGGCUACAGGCUCGAGGGAGACGCCACGCUCACCUGCCGGCCCGACUCCCAGUGGAGCGGAUCCCAGCCUCGGUGUGUGGAGGUGCGUUGUCCCCCCAUCGUGACCUUGAAGAACAUCUUGCUGUUGCCCCCGGCCUGCGGGAAGAGGACGGUGUUUCCGGGCUUCGCCUGCCUUCUCACCUGUCGUCAAGGUUACAGUCUCCAGGGAAACAGGAAGGCGGUGUGCAUGAGCUCUGGAAACUGGACCGCCAAUGUCCAUAAAGCCGUCUGUCUAGAUGCUGAACCUCCAGGGAUCCAGUGUCCCGGGAACAUUGUUGCCGGGACGGACGAGCGACGCAACACCGCCAACGUCAGCUGGAACGUCCCGACGGCCACCGACAACUCUAAAGAAGAGGUGGCGGUGCAGGUGAAGCCCGUGUAUAACCCCCCCCAGCUGUUGCCCAUUGGGAAGGAAACCAUCACCUACAUUGGGACCGACCGCUCGGGGAACCAGGCCAACUGCUCCUUCACCAUCACCGUCAUCGAUACGGAGCCCCCGGUGAUUGACAGGUGCAGGUCGCCGCCCACGAUCCAGGCCACAGGCACCGAGACGGCGGCCGUUUGGGAGGUGCCGCAGUUUUCCGACAACUCAGGUGGACGCCUCACUGUGACCAGUAGCCAUACUCCUGGCUCUGUGUUCCCAGUAGGAGAGACGCUGGUCCAGUACACAGCGACCGAUGCUGCAGGAAACAGCCGCAUCUGCAACUUCACCGUCACUGUGCAAGGGACGACCUGCGACCGGCCGUACGUCCCGCUGAACGGGGAGUUCUUCUGCUCUGAGGAAGAGGAGGGCGUCAACUGUACUCUUCAUUGUAAAGACGGCUACAGCUUCACUCAGGACGCGGUGCACAGCUACCACUGCGCCUACGACGGCGUGUGGGAGCCGCCCUACUCGCCCAACAGACCCGACUGCUCACUGAACCGUAUAGCAAACAACGGGCUGAAGCCGUUCGAGAUGCUCUUCAAAGCUUCUCGCUGUGACGAUGUGGACCUGGUCAAGUUAUUUGCUGGGGAGUUCAACACCAAAUUGGGAGUCAUGCUCCCCAACAUUUGUAGCGGCGGCGAUGUCACCUGCAAGCUGGAGGUGACGUCUCAGGCCCACUGCCUGGAGUACAACUACGACUACGAUAACGGAUUUUCAAUCGCACCUGGGGGUUGGAGCAACAGCUGGGGGCCUCAGGGUGCCCAGGACUACGCCUACUUUGAGUCAGGCUUUGCUCCGGGCGACCGGCAGCUGGCCCGGCAGAAGCGAGACAGCAGCGUGCGGCCUCAGCGCCCCAAGAGGCACCGGAAAAUCACCAGUCCCACCAGAGACCAAAAGAUACAGAUCUUUUUCAACAUCACAGCAAGCAUCCCUCUGCCCCUGUUGCGGAACGACUCGAUAGAGGUGGCCAAUCAGAAGAGACUCCUGCGCACCCUGGAGCAACUGACCAAUCGCCUGAGGCGAAUGCUGGCCAGGCAGCCGCUGUCCAGUUUCCACUUGUCCUCGGAGAUGAUUGUAGCUGAUCCCAAGUCCCUGGAGAGCAAAAAGCCCUCAUUGUUCUGCAGGCCGGGCUCGGUGCUCAAAGGCCGGAUGUGCGUCCAAUGUCCGGUGGGCACAUACUUCUCUCUGGAAUACAACGAGUGUGAGAGCUGCUGGCUGGGCUCCUACCAGGACCAGGAGGGUCAGCUGGAGUGCAAGUCCUGCCCUGAGGAAACCUCCACCGCCUACCUGCACUCCCGCAGCGCCGCCGAAUGCAAAGGGCAGUGUAAGCCUGGUAGUAACUCUCUGAAUGGGUUGGAAAUCUGCGAGUCAUGCCCGCUGGGUCACUUCCAGCCCGGUUUUGGCGCCAGGGAGUGUCUCGUCUGUCCCGACGAAACCUCGACUGUCACCAGAGGAGCGGUGGACGAGAUGGAGUGCGGAGUUCCCUGCUCAGCCGGACAUUUCUCCCGCACCGGCCUGGUUCCCUGUUACCCGUGUCCCCGAGAUUACUACCAGCCGGAACAUGGCCGCUCCUACUGCCUCUCGUGUCCCUUCUAUGGAACCACCACCAUAACCGGGGCCAACACCAUACAGCACUGCUCCAGUUUUGGCUCCAGUUUUCUUCCCAAAGAGGAGAGUGUUACCGCGGCUCCAGAGGUCAUUGAGGACUACCAAGCAAGCAGUCAGAUUUUCCACGAGUGUUUCCUGAAUCCCUGUCAGAAUAAGGGCACCUGUGAGGAGGUCGGGGCGGGAUACGUCUGCACCUGCAUGCCCGGGUUCACAGGUGCCAAGUGUGAGGUUGACAUCGAUGAGUGUGACUCUGCUCCGUGCCAGAAUGGAGGCCUGUGUAAAGACGGCAUGGAGGACUUCCAGUGUCAGUGCAGACCUGGCUAUUUAGGCUCUCUGUGUGAGGCGGAGGUGAACGAGUGCCUCUCCUCUCCCUGUCUGAAUGACGGCGUGUGUGUGGACGAGGUCAACAAGUUCAUCUGCAGUUGUGCCGGCGGCUUCACAGGAUCUCGUUGCGAGAUGGAAAUAAACGAGUGCCUUUCCAACCCCUGUCUGAACAGAGGUGUGUGUGAUGACCUGACCGGUGGCUACACUUGCAAUUGUGUGGUUGGCUUCUCAGGGGAUCGCUGCGAGGUCAACGUUGAUGAGUGUUACAGCGCCCCCUGUCUGAACGGAGGCUCGUGCCUGGAUGCUGUUAACAAUUUCAGGUGUCAGUGUGUGGAGGGCUACCGCGGCCGGCUGUGUGAGGUGGACGUGGACGAGUGCGAUCCCAACCCCUGUGUGAACGGGGCCAGCUGCAUGGACGGUCGGGGGUCCUACACCUGCCGAUGCCUCCCUGGGUUCAACGGAACCAGGUGUGAGACAGAGAUGUCCCCGGCCUUCAACCUGGAAUUUGAGGUGUCUGGUAUCUACGGUUACGUAAUGAUGGAUGGGAUGAUGCCGGCGCUGACGGAGAUCACCUGCACCUUUUGGAUGAGGUCAUCAGACACCACCAAUUAUGGCACACCUAUCUCCUACGCGGUGGAGGGCAGCGACAACGCUUUCCUUCUCAUAGACUACAAUGGGUGGGUGCUGUAUGUAAAUGGUAAGGAGCGGAUCACUGACUGCCCGGCAGUCAACACGGGUCAAUGGUACCACAUCGGGGCGUCCUGGAGGAGCUGGGAUGGAGACUGGAGAAUCUACAUCAAUGGGAAGCCCUCGGACGGAGGCAAAGGCCUGUCAGUCGGCACCACUAUCCCAGGCGGCGGGGCGCUGGUGUUGGGUCAGGACCAGGAUCAGAGGGGCGAGGGCUUCAACCCGGUCGAAUCCUUUGUCGGCUCCAUGAGCCAACUCAACAUCUGGGAUCGUGUUCUCACACCUCAACAGAUCAGGGUCCUGGCCAGCAGCUGUCCAUCCUCCCAUGUGACCCACAAAGGGAACGUCCUCGCCUGGCCUGACUUCCUCAGCGGGGUGGUGGGCCGAGUCAAAGUCAAUCUCAGCAGCGUAUUCUGUGCAGAUUGCCCCAAGCUGGAGAACGCCGUGUCCCACCUGCACGCCUCCACCGUGGAGGUGAGCCCCGGGGCCCAGGUCCAGCUGUCCUGUGAUCCCGGCUUCUACCUGCUGGGGGAGCCGGUGCUGCAGUGUCAAAACAGAGGGGAGUGGAGCCAUCCUCAGCCCAGCUGUGAACGAGUGUCCUGUGGGCCUCCUCGUCCUCUGGAGAACGGCUUGUUUCAGGGGACGGACUUCCAUGCCAGCAGCUCUGUGGUGUAUCAGUGUAACGCUGGCUUUUACCUGCUGGGAGACAACAAGGUGCACUGCACCAACAGUGGCAAGUGGGGAGGAAGUCCACCAGCCUGUCUCGAUGUGGAUGAGUGCGCUCUGGGAUCCGACUGUGAUGAACACGCAAGGUGUCAGAACACAGACGGCUCGUACACCUGCACCUGUAUCCACCCGUACAGUGGAGAGGGCAAAAACUGCACAGCGCCAGUGAAGUGUGUGAACCCCGGGUCUCCAGAAUUUGGUCACAGAGACGGCAGCAGCUUUCUGAUGGACGGUGAGGUUGUUUUCGGCUGCGACAGCGGAUACGAGCUGAUCGGCUCGUCUCGCCUCAGCUGCCUGGAGACGGGAAGCUGGGACGGCUCCAUCCCGUACUGCAGAGCUCUCUCCUGCCCGACGCCAUCAGUCCCUGAGAACUCCGUCAUGAAGGGAAACAACUUCACCUAUGGAAGCAAGGUGACUUUCAGCUGUACGCAGGGCUUCCUGCCUCAGGUCCCGUAUGAGUUCCAGUGUCUCACCAGUCUGAGGUGGAGCGGGACGCCACCCGUCUGUCACCCAGUGACCUGCGGGGGCCCUCCGACUGUCGCCAACGCCAACUACGAUCUCAACACGGACACUUACCAGUCCACUGUCACAUAUACCUGCUCUGAGGGAUACAGACCACAGGGCUCCGUGGAGGUGGUCUGUGAAGCCACGGGCGAGUGGAGCCGGCCGGCGCCCCGCUGUGUGAGCGUCCUGUGCAGCGAGCCGCCGGCCCUGAGAGACGCCGUGACCGUGGGAGAGAACUUCCAACUGGGAAACACGGUGCGCUACGUCUGCAAAGAAGGCUACACUCUAAUCAACCCGGAGACCAGAGAAUGUCUACCCAGUGGCCAAUGGAGCGACAGCGCCGCCCAGUGUGUCCCCCGCUCCUGUGGCCCCCCGCCCGCCAUCGACCACGCCGAACCCUACGAGAGCCACCAGCUGUUCGGAGACACCGCAAACUACUACUGCACCGACGGAUACACCGCCGGCAACAACUCCAAGAUGGUGUGUAGCGCUCGGGGCGCGUGGACGCCGCCCGACGGCGCCGAGCCCCCCCGCUGCAUCGCCAACUUCUGCCUGCGUCCGCCUGAACUGCCCCACGCCAUUUUGGAUUCAGUCAACAAACUUAAAUACGCCAGCAACACCGAAGUGAGCUAUAAAUGUGAGGAGGGCUUCACGCUCAACACCACGGCCACACUGAGGUGUCUGAUGGGAGGGGAGUGGGAGCCCUCGCCGUAUCACAUCGGCUGCGUGCCGGUGAGGUGCUCCAAGCCCGAGAGCAUCGACCGGGGGUAUGUGAGCGGGACCGACUACAGCUUCGGAGCCGUGGUGGCGUACAGCUGCGAUAAAGGCUUCCUGAUCCGAGGGGAGAAGAGGAGGACGUGCAAGGCCAAUGGAGAGUGGGGAGGAGCUCUGCCGACCUGCGUGCCCGUCUCCUGCUCCCCACCUCCUCCGCUCAGGAACGGAUACAUCCAGGUCAGAGGUCGAUUCACCUUCAACAGCAAGAUGACGUACGCCUGUAACGCAGGAUACCAACUGGUCGGGCAUUCAGACCGAAUUUGCCAAGCCAACCGCCUGUGGUCCAACACCAACCCCCCCGCCUGCGUCCUUCUGACCUGUGACCCUCCUCCCAACCUCGUCCACGGACAUUACAGGGGGUCCGACUUCCAGGUGGGCCGCAAAGUGCAGUACGUCUGCGACGAGGGGUACGACCUGGCCGGGGACGCCACCUGGACCUGCCUGAAGUACGGGAGGUGGGACAAGUCGCGGCGUCCCCGCUGCUCCCCGGUGCAGUGUCCAGAGCCGCCGCUGGAGGAGAACCACCUGGUCCUGAAGGGCCUGGACUACGAAUCCGGGACGGUGGAAUUGUCCUGCGAGGACGGCUACGUCCUGGAGGGGGCCCGGAUCCUCCGCUGCACCCCGUCCCAGGAGUGGAGCGACACCUUUCCGGUGUGCAGGCAGGUGUUUUGCGGCCCGCCGCCCGAAGUGUCGUUCGGCGGGCCUUCCUCGUCCUCGCCCCCGUUCCCCUUCGGCGCCGCGGCGAGCUACUCGUGCAUGGACGGCUUCACUUUAAGGAAAGAAGGCGCCGUAUCGUGUCUGGCUAGCGGCCAGUGGAGCGGUCCUUACCCAGAGUGCAUCCCUGUCGAGUGCCCUCAGCCGGUGGAGAUUUCGAACGGCAUCAUGGACGUCCAAGGCCUGAUGUACACCAGCAAGGCUCUGUACAGCUGCAGGACCGGGUAUCACCUCGUGGGCAACGCCACCGUCCUCUGUGGAGAGGCGGGCCUCUGGAUCGGAGGGGUGCCCUCCUGCCGCCCCAUCGAAUGCUCCAUCCCCAAACAGACAGCCAAUGGAAAAGUCGUUUAUACAAAACUCCAAUUCGGGCACAGUGCCGCCUACUCCUGCCGUCGUGGUUACCGUCUCCAAGGCCCAGAGACUCUGAAGUGCCUGGCCAGUGCCGAGUGGGACGUGAAGCCCCCCGCUUGCGUGCAGAUUUCCUGCACCCAGCCCCAACCCAUCGAACACGGCUUCGUCGAGGGCCAGGAUCACAGCUUCGGCGUCACCAUCUUCUACAGCUGCUUCCCGGGCUUCCAGCUCGUCGGCCAGGACCAUCUGACCUGCGAGGAGUUCGACUGGUCCGGCGGCGUGCCCGUCUGCGUGCCCUCGGACUGCGGCUUGCCGCCUCACAUCGACUUUGGGGACUACGUGAGGGCGACGCCGCCGCCGGGGAGCUCCGACGCCACCGCUCAGGACGCCGGGACGUCGGCCUCGCCGACGGACUUGAGCUUCCUCCACGGCACGUUCAUCGAGUACCGUUGCCGCAAAGGCUACGACAUCACGAGCCCCACCAGGCUGGCGUGUCGGGAGGACGGAGGCUGGAACGGCACGGCCCCGUCCUGCGUCCCCGCCGAGUGUGAAACGCCGCCCGGCCCGGAGCACGGCUGGGCGAACGUGACCGACGCCUCCCUCGGCAGCACCGUCACGUACGCUUGCGAGGACGGAUACGAGCUGGAGGGGGAGGCGGCGAGGCGGUGUGUGUCGGGACGACUGUGGACGGACGGCGCCCCGGUUUGUCGGCCCGUCUCCUGCGGCGACCCGGGCGCCGUCGCCAACGGCACGGCUCGCGGCGGUGCUUUCGUGUACCCCGAGGUCCUGCACUACGAGUGCGAUCCUGGAUUCGUCCUGAAGGGUCGUGACGCCAUCGCCUGCCGGGAGGAUAAGAAGUGGAGUGGACAGAAGCCGUGGUGUGAGCCGGUAUCUUGCGGUCCCCCUAAAGUCCCCGGUGACAUCACCGUUCAAGGAGAGAAGUACAGCUACAACCAUGAGAUAGAACUGAGCUGUCGGCCCGGUUUCCUCUUACAGGGGAAAUCUCUCAGCGUUUGUCAGGCUGACGGCACCUGGAGCCACGGGCCUCCCACCUGUGUACCGGCCCACUGCGGCAAACCCUCGCCAAUACCCAACGGUCGUGUUUUGGGGUCCGAGUUCGGCGUCGACAGCAAGGUGAGCUACGAAUGCGACGAGGGCUACGCGCUCAGCGGAGACCCCACGCACACGUGUCGGUUGGACGGACUGUGGGACCGAGCGGCUCCUCGCUGCGACGUCACGAGCUGCGACCCGCCCGAGGACAUCAGCCACGGCUUCCUGAACGGCUCCAGCUUCGACUACGACGACGUGGUGGAGUACGUGUGCUUCGACGGCUACGAGGUGGUCGGCGACGCCGUCCUGCGCUGCGACGCCGGAGGCUCCUGGGAGGGCGCGGUGCCCCGGUGCCGGCCCUGCGUCUGCGCGCCGCCGGCGCUGAAGUUCGGUUCGGUUCUGGGCCGCGGCCGCGCCUGCGGCGACCGCGUUCGCUUCCAGUGCGGCGACGGCUUCCGGCUGCUGGGGCCCUCUCAGGCGGUGUGCGAGAAGGGAGGCGUGUGGAGCCCCGGCGUGCCGGUGUGCGGCCAAGGGAGGUGCGGCGCCGCCCCGCCCGCGGUCCCUCACGCCGUCCUGCAGGGCGGCAGCGCCACCUUCUCGGACACGGUUGUGUACAGGUGUCGGCCCGGCUACCAGACAAAGGGGUAUCCAAACCUCUCCUGCAGAAGAGACGGCAGGUGGGGGGAACCCCGAAUCCGAUGUGAGCCGAUAAACUGCGGGAGACCUCCGACUGUCGCCCACGCUCAGGUGAUGGGAGACAGCUUCACCUUCCCAAACCAGAUCAAAUACAGGUGUGAGGAUGGGUAUAAUUUCGCCACACAGUGGGACUCUCUCUCCUGCCAGAGUGACGGCACCUGGUCCAAACACAGGGUGCGGUGCGGCCCGACGCCCUGCCGGCUCCCCUCCAACUUCUCCAGCCCCGAUCUGGUAAUCACCGGGAAGGAGCUCACCCCUGUGACGGGCACCAUCACCCUCUCCUGCCCUCCUGGUCUCCACCUGCACGGGUCGGCCCGAGCAGAGUGUCAGCCGGGCGGAGGCUGGGCUCCGAGCGUCUCCUCGGUUUCCUGCAAGGUGGCGGUUUGUGAGAAACCGCCUCCUCUUCCUCACGGCGUCGCCGAGGGGGGCGACUCUCGCUAUGGAGACUUCGUCAUGUACUCGUGCCUCCCGGGCUUUGACUUGAAGGGAGACUCGAUCCAGACCUGCCAGGGAGACAGAACAUGGAGUGGCACCCAGCCCGUGUGUGUCGCCCAAUCCUGUGGGGCUCCUCCCACGGUGCAACGUGCACAGGUCCACACCACGGGAGAGACGUACCUCAACAACGCCAGUUAUGUGUGUGAGGCCGGCCUGCAGCUGGUCGGCCCCAAAGCGCUCGUCUGCCUGGCCGACGGCACGUGGAGCCUGCCGGCACCGACGUGCGAAGCGGUGAAAGGCUGCGACGCCCCGAAACAGAUGCAGAACGGCAAACUGCAGGAGCACAACCUGAACGCGGGGCGCGCCGUGGAGUUCCAGUGCGACGCGGGCUACAGCCUGGUGGGAGAUUCUCUGGUGGUGUGUAUGGGGGGCAACACCUGGAGCUCCAGCUUCCCCACCUGCCAACCGUUGUCUUGCCCGACUCCUCCCGGCUGGAGGAAGGCCAGCAGCAGAUCUGGGUCCCCGCAGGUGUUUCCCGUUGGCCAGUCUGUCCGUGUCACUUGUCCCAGAGGUCAGCAGGUCAAAGGCGGCGGCACCAUCACCUGCAGGGCCGACCAGACCUGGAGCCCCAUCACCUCCGUGUGUGAAAGGGUGUCCUGUGGCCCCCCCCUCCACGUGGCCAAUGGGGUGGUGCGGGGGGCGGUGUUCCAGUUUGGGGACGUGGCGGCGUACUCGUGUUUUGGCGGCUACGCCAUGGAGGGCGUCGGACGGAGCAGGUGUCUGGAGAACGGCACCUGGACGCCGCCUCCCACAUGCAGAGCGGUGUGUUGGUUGCGCUGCCAGAACGGAGGUGUGUGCCAGCGGCCCAACACUUGCUCCUGCCCCGAGGGCUGGAUGGGCCGGCUUUGUGAGGAGCCCAUCUGCAUCCUGCCGUGCCUGAACGGAGGCCGCUGCGUGGCGCCCUACCAGUGCAAGUGUCCCGCCGGGUGGAGCGGCACGCGCUGUCACAGCGCCGUGUGUCGGUCGCCUUGCCUGAACGGAGGCCGCUGCAUCCGGCCGAACCGAUGUCACUGCAGUCCGGGGUGGAGCGGACACGGCUGCUCCAGGAAACGGAAACCGGGGUACUAUCACUUCUGAAGCGCCGUGUGAGUCGCCUCGUGAAGGGCUCGUUGUACAGUUCGUGACUUGUUAACCGUUCAUUCUCAUCUCCGCAAAAGGCAAAGCAAGAACCAUUUUGUAAAAUAAAGCUGUAUUUUUUCAGAGACUCAACAGUAUUAAAACAUAUGCUGCUAUAUACUUGUACGAUGUGUAAAAACUAUUGAUGUGAUUGUCCCAAUGUAUAUGUGUAAACUAUUCUCACAUUUUUAUUAAAGCAUAAAAUACCA